AUGCUCAGUCAGCAGGGGCAUGCACAUCACCAGGCCCCAGAGUUUCCCCUUCCUGGUCAGGUAAAACUGUCCAGGCCCUAGUCCUUUCUAGGCCUAAAUCAUAUUCUGAACCGAAAGCAAUAAUACCCCUGAUGGCUCUCUAACCAUCUACAUACAUUUAUAUUGACAGUAUUUCCUCUUUGUCCCCCAGGCACAGACAUCUCAGUGGGAGAGGAGGUGGCCAUUAAACUGGAAUGUGUGAAGACCAAACACCCCCAGCUCCACAUAGAGAGUAAGAUCUACAAGAUGAUGCAGGGAGGAGGUGAGACAUGGGUCUGAAACAGUAUACAUGGGCCAGGCUGUGGGCUAUCAGUCCUCUCUCUCUACCUCUCUCUCCCCUCUCUUCUCCUCUCGCUCUACCUCUCUCUACCCCCUCUCUUCUCCUCUCGCUCUACCUCUCUCUCUCUCUGCACUCUUCUCCUCUCUCUCUUCCCCUCUCUCAAUAGCUAAAACUCUCUCUCUCCCCACUCUUCACCUCUCUCCCAAGUCUUCUCCUCUCUCUCUCUGCUCUUCUCUCUCUCUCUCUCUCUCUCUCUCUCUCGUGCUCUCUCCCCACUCUUCACCUCUCUCUCCCCAGUCUUCUCCUCUUUCUCUCAUCUCCCCCUUCUAUCUACCCCCUCCAUCUUCCUUCUCGCCCCUCUCACCCUCUUUUCCCCCUUCCCCCAAUGUUAAUGUGGUUUUCACAUCGCUGGACAAGCAGGCAGGCAGUCAUCCACAUCAGUCAAUCAGGCCGGCCAGCAGCCUAAGAGAAUAGAUUCAGUGGAACCUGUCAUCAGAUCACAGAGCCAGAGAAACAGCACUUGCGUGGGCUAGGUAUCACACAAUAAAUCAUGUUAAACCCAAUAAAGAAUGGGAUUUCCUUUCUCUACAGUGGGCAUCCUUAUGAAUCACUCUCUCCUUCCUUUCUCUACAGUGGGCAUCCCGUCCAUAAAGUGGUGUGGUGCAGAGGGAGACUACAACGUGAUGGUGAUGGAGCUGCUAGGCCCCAGUCUGGAGGACCUGUUCAACUUCUGCUCCCGCAAGUUCAGCCUCAAGACUGUCCUGCUGCUGGCUGACCAGAUGGUGAGACACACAACUGACCAUUAAAUCCUCAGCUCUUAUGCUGGCUAUUAGGGUCCCGUAUAUCUUCUGCAGUUAUGGCCACUAUGUGCUAUGAAAUCUGCUAGCAAAGUAAAGCUGUCCAAGAGGUUUAGUGGCCACCCCUGCUCUUAUGUACAGUACCAGUCAAAAGUUUGGACACACCUACUCAUUCCAGUGUUUUUCUACAUUGUAGAAUAAUAGUGAAGACAUCAAAACUAUGAAAUUACACAUAUGGAAUCUGUCUCCUGAGUGGCGCAGUGGUCUAAGGCACUGCAUCGCAGUGCUAGCUGUGCCACUAGAGAUCCUGGUUCGAAUCCAGGCUCUGUCGUAGCCGGCCGUGACCGGGAGACCCAUGGGGCGGCGCGCAAUUGGCCCAGCGUCGUCCAGGGUAGGGGAGGGAAUGGCCGGCAGGGAUGUAGCUCAGUUGAUAGAGCAUGGCGUUUGCAACGCCAGAGUUGUGGGUUCGAUUCCCACAGGGGGUAUGAAAAAAAAUAAUAAUAAUGUAAGUCGCUCUGGAUAAGAGCGUCUGCUAAAUGACGUAAAUGUAAUGUAAAUGAAUCAUGUAGUAACCAAAAAACAUGUUAAACAAAUCAAAAUAUAUUUGAGAUUCUUCAAAGUAGCCACCCUUUGCCUUGAUGACAGCUUUGCACACUCUUGCCAUGGAAUGUAUUAAAACAAUUAUCAGGUGUGCCUUGUUAAAAGUUAAUUUGUGGAAUUUCUUUCCUUCUUAAUAUGUUUGAGCCAAUCAGUUGUGUUGUGACAAGGUAGGGGGGGUAUACAGAAGAUAGCCCUAUUUGGUAAAAGUCCAUAUUAUGACAAGAACAGCUCAAAUAAGCAAAGAGAAACGACAGUCCAUCAUUACUUUAAGAUAUGAAGGUUAGUCAAUAUGGAACAUUUCAAGAUCUUUCAAAGUUUCUUCUAGUGCAGUCGCAAAAAACAUCAAUCGCUAUGAUGAAACUGGCUCUCAUGAGGACCGCCACAGGAAUGGAAGACCCAGAGUUACCUCUGCUGCAGAGGACAAGUUCAUUAGAUUUACCAGCCUUAGAAAUUGCAGCCCAAAUAAAUGCUUCACAGAGUUCAAGUAACAGACACAUCUCAACAUCAACUGUUCAGAGGAGACUGCAUGAAUCAGGCCUUCAUGGUCGAAUUUCUGCAAAGAAACCACAACUAAAGGACACCAAUAAUAAUAAGAGAUUUGCUUGGACCAAGAAACACGAGCAAUGGACAUUAGACUGGUGGAAAUUUGUCCUUUGGUUCCAACCGCCGUGUCUUUGUGAGACCCAGAGUAGGUGAAUGGAUGAUCUCUGCAUGUGUGGUUCCCAUCGUGAAGCAUGGAGGAGGAAGUGUGGGGGUGUUUCGCUGAUGACACUAUCUGUGAUUUAUUUAGAAUUCAAGGCACACUUAACCAGCAUGGCUACCACAACAUUCUGCAGCGAUACGCCAUCCCAUCUGGUUUGUGCUUAGUGGGACUAUCAUUUGUUUUUCAACAGGACAAUGACCCAACACACCUCCAGGCUGUGUAAGGGAUAUUUGACCAAGAAGGAGAGUGAUGGAGUGCUGCAUCAGAUGACCUGGCCUCCACAAUCACCUGACCUCAACCCAGUUGAGAUGGUUUGGGAUGAGUCGGACGGCAGAGUGAAGGAAAAGCAGCCAACAAGUGCUCAGCAUAUGUGGGAACUCCUUCAAGACUGUUGGAAAAGCAUUCCAGGUGAAGCUGGUUGAGAGAAUGCCAAGAGUGUGCAAAGCUGUCAUCAAGGCAAAGGGUGGCUAUUUGAAGAAUCUCAAAUAUAAAAUAUAUUUUGAUUUGUUUAACACUUUUUUUGGUUACUACAUGAUUCCAUAUGUGUUAUUUCAUAGUUUUGAUGUCUUCACUAUUAUUCUACAAUGUAGACAUUAGUCAAAAUAAAGAAACCCUUGAAUGAGUAGGUGUGUCCAAAAUUUUGACUGGUACUGUAUGUUAAAAUUUCCCUCCUCUCUUCCAGAUCAGCCGGAUUGAGUACAUCCACUCUAAGAACUUCAUCCACAGAGAUGUGAAGCCUGACAACUUCCUGAUGGGCCUGGGCAAGAAGGGUAACCUGGUGUACAUCAUCGACUUUGGCCUGGCCAAGAAGUACCGUGACGCCCGCACACACCAGCACAUCCCCUACCGCGAGAACAAGAACCUGACCGGCACCGCGCGCUACGCAUCUAUCAACACACACUUGGGGAUAGGUAGGUCACACACAUCCGGAGAUUGAUCACACGCUAUCAUAAACGCUAUGCGCACACACUCCUCAGCACAAGCCUGAUAGUGGAGCACUUAUCUUUCAGUCAUGUCAGAUCUGUAAUUUCUUUGAGGAAAGGAAGGAUGCUUUUUGAAGGUAUGUGACUUUCUCCUCUCUCCCUCAACAGAGCAGUCUCGUCGUGAUGACCUGGAGUCUCUGGGUUAUGUCCUGAUGUACUUCAACAUGGGCUCUCUGCCCUGGCAGGGCCUCAAGGCCGCCACCAAGAGGCAGAAGUACGAACGCAUCAGCGAAAAGAAGAUGUCCACCCCUAUCGAGGUGCUCUGCAAGGGAUACCCCUGUGAGUAAUGGGAUUUUCUAGGUUUAUUCCAUCCUUGUUAUAGUGUACUGAAGGUUUCUGUGCUUGUCAUGUAGUAACAAAAUACUGUUGGAGUGUUUCUGUCCAUUUGUCUUGUCCUUUCUGCACCUCUCUACAAAGAGACCAUGCUGUGACCCUGUAAACAUGGGAAAGAAUUUCCCUUCCAGAUGAUAAAGUAUUCUGAUUUUAAAAGAUUAUGAUAAAAUAUUCGGAUUAAAAGUAACACUUUCCUCCUUCCUCACAGCGGAGUUCUCCACCUACCUGAACUUCUGUCGCUCUCUGCGGUUCGAUGACAAGCCAGACUACUCGUACCUGAGACAGCUGUUCAGAAACCUGUUCCACAGACAGGGCUUCUCCUACGACUACGUCUUUGACUGGAACAUGCUCAAGUUUGUGAGUACUGCCUCUUAAUUGUUAAUUAAACAUCUAUUAAACAAAUAUGAAUGAUUUAUUACACAGUCCUCUUAACCAUUAGCCAAUGGUACCUCAGUGGCAGCUUUCUGAUCUAGUCUCCAUUUCUGUCCCUCUGACUGCCCCUAAUUCCAAGGGGGCCAACCGUGCAGCGGAGGAGGCGGAGCGGGAGCGGAGGGACCGAGAGGAUAGGCUGAGACACGGCAGGAACCCCGGGGCCAGGGGACUCCCUGCCGCCUCAGGACGACCCCGAGGAACACAGGACGCAGCGCCGCCUACACCCCUCACACCCACCUCACACACAGGUUAGUGUUUCUGACACACACACACACACACACACACACCUAGAUGACUUUGAUGUAUGGAUUACUUAACAAUGUGCUUGACUAUUGUCUUGUCAUGGUCAGGUAGCGGAGUAUUUAUCUCUUUCUCCCUUCGCUCUCUAGCCAACACGUCUCCACGACCGGUGUCCGGUAUGGAGCGGGAGAGGAAAGUGAGCAUGCGGCUUCACCGGGGAGCUCCCGUUAACGUCUCCUCGUCCGACCUGACGGGACACCAGGACACCUCCCGCAUGUCAACCUCACAGGUACAAGCUCACCCCGUCCCCAGCCGCAUCCCCCGGCCCUCACCAGAUGACCCUUGA